AUGACGACGAAGACGGGCUCCACCGAGCUUCGGGACCUGCCAGAUGGGCCACCACUGCCCUUGGCCUUGGCAGGCGCCAUCAUCCAGCUGUCGACCAUGCACUACGUUUGGUCCUCCACCGCCGCGGGUCCAUGUCUCAGGGACCCGAUCGCGUGCGUUGCUCGCCCCUGGGACUUCGAUGCCUUCGGCCGGACGGUGAUCUAUGUGGAUUUGCUCGCGCUCAUCACCUGGCUGUAUUCCUUGCGCCAUAUUCCCAGCACUGGUACCUCUGAUCCUUCCAUCGUGGAUCGCUUGUGGUCCAUCAUGCCGUGGGUCUACACUUGGCAUUACUUCUUGGCCUCGACGAGACAUGGCCUGAAUUUGAGGCUCCUCAUCAUGACGCUCUUAGCCACCCUUUGGGGCGUAAGGCUGACCUACAACUUCUACAUCAAGGGUGGCUUCACUGGAGGGGAGGACUAUCGCUGGGCCGUGAUCCGGAAGUGGUAUCCGGGCUGGAGAUGGGAAGUCUUCAACCUCAUUUUUAUUUGCUUUUUCCAGCAGGUGGCCGUGAUGGCUUUUACAACCCCCGCAGCCGCCGCAUUCUCCAGCUCAGAGCCUUUGACCGCACUGGAUCUGGUCGCGGCGCUGCUCUACCUGCUUCUGGUGCUGGGAGAGGCGCUGGCGGACGCGCAGAUGUUUGCCUUCCAGACGGAGAAGUACCGCCGGAAGGCAGCCAAGGAGCUGCGUGAAGAAGAGAUGGGCGAGUAUGCAGCUGGCUUCAUUCAAAGUGGCCUUUGGGCCUUGUCACGUCAUCCCAACUAUUUCUGUGAGGUCACCAUGUGGUGGGCGUUCUAUCUCUUCAGUAUCUCUGCGACAGGAGAAGUGGUGAACUGGUCCAUUUGGGGUGCAGUUUUCCUGACAGGUCUUUUUCUGCUGCCUGGAGCAUCCUUGGACAUCACCGAAGCCUUGUCAUCAAGCAAGUACCCAGAGUACAAGACCUACCAACACCGUGUCAGCAAGUACUUUCCACUGCCGCAGACCGCGGCCGCCAAGCGGUCCGCCUAG